CUCCAUUACUCACAAUUUUGGAAGUGAACACACACAGUUGUGUAGUGUCCCCUCUCCCUUCAUUAUGUCUCAUAAUAGACGAGCCUGCAUUUCUCAUCAUAAAAAUUUAGACAUUUUUCAUAAUGUCAAGAAACACACCCCGUUAUUGACCCAUAAUGACACUAUUAACCACAAAGAAGCUCACGCAUUGCGCACUUAUUUCAACUGGAAACAUGGCACGAAAAAACACGUUUACUCAAAUCGCUUAGGCAUUUCGUAUGAUGUCUCGUACUUAGCGAACGAAUAUAAACAUUUCAACACGCAGAAGAAACACCUUAUGUACCGUAAAUGGUUAGAUAAUUUCCGUUCACACCAUUCCGACAAUAGUAAAAGGAGUAACAAACAAAAAUCCCGCUUUCAGCGGGCAUGUAGAUCGGUUUUCUACAAUCGUGGUAAUAACAAAAAGUCACAGAGACGUGUGGAUAGUCUUGAAGAAAAACUUCAGCGUGCUAGACAACACCGUUUUCUAUUUUUACCUUCACAGCAUAUUAACAGACCUAUACAACAUGUGAAUUACCAUAACCCGUUCCGCCGACCCGCUCCACGUUAUCCAAGGGACGAUUCAAUUAGUACGACAAGUACUAGCUCGCCUGCCACCAAUUCACAACCCGUUCCCGUCGAAGAUGAGAACAUUUGGCACGACAAGCUGGGUAUUUGGAUUCCUAACAGUCUCCUUCCUUACGUAACCGAAGAACCUGUUUAUAUUUCUAAAAGACAGGCCAAACUCAAAGGUCAACAUUUUACGCCAGGCUGUGCGUAUUGGUUAGAUGGUAUUAAAAAACGUAAAAAAGCUCAUGAAUUAGCUUUACGUCAACAAAAAGAUCAAGAAGCAUAUGAUAAUGCUCGCCUCAAUAUUGAAAAAGAACUUUAUGCCAGAGCUCAACUCUGGGGUACCUCUAUCAACCGUAUAGAAUAUCGUGAAGAUAUGACAAAAGACCUCACCAAUUUCCAGGAUCAUUAUCACAAGAAAAUCUCACCUCUGAUUGAGCGUCGUGCUGAUCUAGAGAACAGGCAUAAACAGGGAAAAAACAUUUUCAAAACUAACAAACAAUUACUCCAGUUAGAACAGGAGCUUGGUCGUUUUAAUAUCGACUAUUUCUCAGUCAUGAACAUUGAUGCCUCCCAUUAUCGUUAUAAAGGACAUACAUCCGAUGAUGCGAAACAACUUGAAAUCAGACCACAUAAACGUCCUCCUGUCUCGACUAUAAAUGCAGACAGGCACACCACCCACAUCAAAAAAUUGAGACUAGAUAUUCUCUCUUCAGCAGACUUUAAAGUCUCCGCCUCACUUUAACAAUUUUUAGAUCACCUAUCAGCUUAUCUUUUUUUUAGUGGCACGCUGAUAGUCAUAGUUUGCGUUAUACCUAGCCACUUUUUUUUACUUUUUUUGACUAGUAUUUUUAUACAUCUUUUUUUUUUUUGGGUAA